AAUACCAACAAAAAAUAUACACCUAAAAAGAAAUGUGUAGAUACCUUCUUCAAGAAAUGUGUAGAUAGAUAGAUACCUUCUGCCCACACUCUCAGAGAGUUGACUUAAAGCAGAGAGGAAACAAUCCACAGUUUUUACAGUACAAGAGAAAAUGGGAGGAGGAGCCAUGUUGCCUCCAUUUACAAGCAACAAUUCUUUCACUACCCCACCCCUACCCACCCCCAGGGACUCCAAUUUCCACUCUCCCCCUUCUUUAUCAUCAAUUUGUGAAACACCCAUUGGAGAAUCUUGGACCAAGAAUAGGUGUAUUGAUUAUGGGUCAAACUCUAACAUUCUUGAUUGUGGAUCUUUUGAUGGGGUUGAUGAAAAAGGGUCUCCUUAUCAUGACCCUGCUUUUGGUUCUGUUCCUUGUAGCUGGGAGGUUGAAAAGGCUCUCUCUGAUCUCCAAAGUUUUAUGAGUGAGUGUUAUGCUCCUAAAGAAGAGAUGAAUUGGCUUGAACCGAUGCUAAAUCCCCAUCAGUCGACUCUGGUGAAGUCCCCUGGAAAUGCAAGAUUUUAUGAUGCUUUUCAUAUGCUUCAAAAUGAACCAUCAAUUCAGAGAUUGGUUUGUUCCAUAGCUUGUGACAGAGCUGUUUGGGAAGCCAUAAUGAGCACCAAGGCAGUUCAAAAUCUUCAAGACUCACUGAUAUGUGCAGCUAAAGAAGAAGAAUCGGAAAGAUCAACUGGGGAGUCGAACAUUGGAUCCCUAAUAGUGAAAUGGAUUUUGGGCAUCACAACUUCAAGAAUCGCAGAGCUGAUCCAAUCAUUUGGAUCAUUAUUGAGUGAAAUAAUCAAUGAACUAUUUGAACCAACAAACAAAGAAAAACCUACUUCAGAACUCUCUGAUCUCUUGGAAGAGAAGAUUAGAUCCUCUUUCCUUUUAUCAGUUGUUCUGUUGUUGAUUGUGGUCGUGACAAGAGCCCAAGGUGUUUGAUCAGCAUCAAACCAUCACACGUGUGUUGUUCUAGAUGAUUAAUUUGUUACAUGCUUGACAUAGGAAGAAAACAAAGCUUUUUGUGAAUAGUUUUCAAAAGUUAUCGACUCUUGCAGCUGCUUCCCUC